GUCAACAGAGAGGAGGUGAAGAGAGGAGGAACAGAAGAGCUGAGGAGUUAAAGGAGGACUGGAGGAGUUAAAGGAGGACUUAAGGAGGACUUGAGGAGGACUAGGAGGUCUGGAGGAGGACUAGGAGGUCUGCAGGAGGACUGGAGGAGGACUUUAGGAGGAUUUAAGGAGGACUAGGAGGACUAGGAGGCCUGGAGGAGGACUUAAGGAGGACAAGGAUUCUCUUUUCUGUGUGUUUUCAGUGUUGUAUAGGAAAGGACCCCCUUUCUACCACGCCAGUUAUUCGGUUGUGAUUGAGCGGGUUGAUGAUGCGUUCAAGGGCUCGCCGUUGCGUCCGUUCUCGUGGCGUUCUCUGGCGGCUCUCAGCAGGAUCACCUCCAACGUCUCGAAGGAGCUGAUGUUGUGUUACAUCAUCUUCCCGGCCGACCUAUCAGAAGCUGAGCUGGACUCGCCCGUCUGUCUGAGCAGACUGAAGGUUCAGGAGAUCUUCUGCUUCUCGGUCCCGGGGGCGUGUCCCAGCUGUGGGGAGGAGCUGAGGGGGAGGCGGCUGCAGGAGGCGCCGGUCAGCCUCCCCUCCCCCCUCAGCAACGGGCACAAGACCUCCUGCUGCCUGCUGGUCGCACCUGCACACGACAACCACAGCAGAGAGUUUGAGGGGACGUCAGAUCUUCACACCGGGAUCUCCAACACCUCAGGAGUGGUGUAUAACUACACCCUGGCUGGAGUCGGGCGGCAGUCUGCUGGGUGGCAGCGCUGUGUCAGCGUUCCUCUGGUCCGACCCGACAUGUUCCACCUGCUGGCUCAGUGGGACCAGUACCUGGAGCGCUUCUCUGACGGGCCCCUGUGGGACCCCGCCUGGCACAGGUUCGAUGAGGAGCAGCAUAACUGCUUCACUUUCUGUCUUCAGUUCAUCAACAGCGUCCUGGCCGCAGAGGGCCGGAGCUCUCUGAGCAGAGAGACCUUCACCCAGAGCUUCAUCCUGCCGAGGAUGAGGAGGGUCACCAAGUACACCACGCUGUACCAGCACAUACAGAAACACGGGUACUACAUGGUGGACAGACAGUUGGACAGACAGGAGGACAAACAGGAGGACAGGCCUGAUAAACCAGACUUAUUCUAGUCGGUUCUGUUUGGAGGUUUAAAUGAGUCGAACCAGACACCAGCUGACUGUCUUCUUGAGGAUGAAACCGUGAAUAUAAAGUAUACAAAUAUAUAUAAUGUAAUAUACGUAAACAGUUUGUCUAAUGUAUCACAUUUGACCUGAAAUGCAGUUAGUCUAAUUGUUCAAUAUCUUCACAAUAUUUACAUCAAAAUGUGGCAUUUUACAUUACUAUGUACACAAGUAUAAAUGUGUAAGAGUGUAAAUACAUGUGUAUAUGUUGUGUGUGUAUUUGUAUGUUUCUCUUGUAUUAUGGUUUGAGCUGUGAAGUUUCCUUCUGUCUUAUUAAUUAAAGGGAAAUGAUGUGAAUAUAA